AUGACGCGUUUGUACACAACAAGCUUUCGUUGUGCGGUAUGCCUCCGAGAAGGUCCGUUUGGGUGGCUGUACAGAUGCACCCAGGACCGAGAACUUGUUCUUGAAGAUGAUAUAGAUCGGGGAUAUCCAGUGGACAAGAUCGAUGGCCUUUACGAUACCUUUGACAAGCCGAAUGCGCCCCGAACGAGAAGCCCUGCAGCACGCCUAUCAAAAUUGAGCUUUCUAGAGGAAGUUAGCGAUGAGGAACUAAAAACUUAUACUAAGUCACAGAUCAGUCAAAUAUUACAUCAGAGGGCCCAAGUUUUGGACUUGGCCGCUGAAUCAGCCACUAGCCCUCCAGAGGCUCGAUUUUACACCCCACCAAGUUCCAAGAGUGCAAGAUCAACCUUCCCAUCCCCCUCGAAACCGCCAUCAAAGAACUUAAACAAACCGUGGUUGCCUAUCCAGGGCGGAGAAUGCCAAUUCAAGUGCUGCCACAAAUGCCGUCCCACAUUGGGUGAACGUGCAUAUCUCAGCCUCAACGGCAUUGCUGAUAACGAUGUCCCGUUGACCGCCAGUACAGGCUUCGGCUUCCAUUUGGACAAAGUCCGGCCAGUCACACUUGUGAAAUAUGUGAAGAGUAUUGGCUUGAGACCUUCACCUCCCCCACGUUCUCAUUACGAAGACGACACCAGAAGACGAGUAUUCCUGGCCCAGAACUUUGCCGCCUCUCAAAAUCCCGACCCCCCCUUUGGUCUUGGCAUCUUUUCAACAGAGAGCGCGGACCCAUCUCCUCCUGCACCCCCAAACACUCCAUCCGCUUCGCCUCCUCUUCUGUCCGGCCUAUCUGUCUCAGACACGGUUUCUACUGUCAUCCCUUCCAUAGGUAUCGACGAAAGUUUAACUUAUAGCUCCAAGGUUGAAACGGUUCUCGACCAGGGAUUUCCAAUUCCGCCUGAUUUCCAACCCUCUUUUCGGCCAGACCAGCUCACACGUCCAACCCUUACCGCAACCCCAUCAUUCAACAUGGCAUGUUCACUGCCUCUUCCCAUCCAAACCUUAGAAGAGCUAGAAGCGACCAAGACACCAUUGACUCCAAUGGAGAAAGACGAACUGAAUGACGGUAAGUUUGGCAGCCGACCGUUGGAGGUUAGAAAUGGAGUGGCGGUCAAGGAGGAAGGCGUUGAGGGACACUGGGCAGAUGUUGUUACACAGUUGUGA